AUGAGUUUAGAAACGGAAAUGUCACAAAUCAAAGCUGUCAUCUUCGACUUGGGAGGUGUAUUGUACCGUUUUAAAGACUACAAAGCCUUUAUUGGACUACUCGCAAAAGGUAAUUGUUCAUUUUAAAACGUGAAAAUGUAUGGAAAACAUUAAUUUCGUCAUUAAAAUUCUAAUAGUAGAUUUUAAGCGUUUUAAAACAAAACGAAUUCAUACAAAAAACACGACUUUUAACCUCAAACAAAGAAAUUCAAUGAUAUUUUAACUUGAAUUAUAAAAUGACAUAUUGUAUUUUUGGCAUUAAAUGUUUUAGCUCGGAGUGACGCAGAAGUAGGAAAGAAAGUAUUAGGAUGGGAGAGAGGAGAAAUCUCAUCUGAAGCCAUCAGAGAACUACUAGAAGAAGGUAUUGGCACAUUCGUAAGUGUAAAAAAAUUAACUUAUAAUAAAGUUGAAAACCGAUUUCCCAAAGAGCUUAAUUGAAACCAAAAUCUAACCACAAUAUAAAGCAUAAUAUAAGUCGUUUUAGCCUUCAGACGUGAAAAACCUAGAAGAAGCCAAAUUCGAAGAAAUAAUGGGAACAAAGUUCGAGAAAAUGUGGAAUUUCAUCGACAAAUUGAAGGAAAACAAUGUGAAAGUAGCCAUGCUAACUAACAACGGUUGGUGGACAGACAAAAGAGACCGUACCACUAUCGCCAGCGAUGUCAGCAAAUUUGAUGUUGUAGUAGAGUCAUGUAGAGUCGGAUUGAGAAAACCAGACCCUAAGAUUUAUGAGGUAAGACGGAAAGCUGAAUAACAAAACUAAGUUAUACUGAUAUCCAAAAAAGACAAGCUGAAAGUAAUAUAACUCAAAAUAAGCCAAAGAUGCACCGUUUCAUACCAAUAUAACAUUAUCUAAAUCCAAAUGAAAAGUCAAUUGUUCUAUUUCAGUUAAUGCUUAACAAACUCAGCCUAAAGCCCAAUGAAUGUGUAUUCAUUGACGACCUUGCGAGUAAUGUGGAAGGAGCUAGCAAGUUGGGAAUCAAUGCAAUUCAGGUAAAAAAGAAAAAAACCUUGGUUAUAACAAAUAGAAUAAAAAAUGGCUUACUUUAUUAGGAUUUCCAAUAAAAGAGACGCUUUCAGAUGGUCGAUGAAAACGAAGAUCUCGCCCUGGAUAAAUUGUCGCAAAUCACUGGAAUAAAAUUUUAA